CUGUAUAGAUCCGAGCUGAUUGGUGGAGCCGCUGGAGAGGCGUCGUUUGAAUAUGUUGUAGUGCUGUGUAUGGUGAAUGCUGCUUACCGCUGUUCAGCCAGUUUCGAUACCUAGUAGACUAUUUAACAAACCAUUGAAUUGGUAGACGGCGAUUACAGUAUUUUUCCUUUGUGGUUGUGACUGCUGUUUUGGAGGCUAUGCGUCGAAAGGGCAGAACCCCUCAACAUCGCCCCCCACUGGCAGCCCCAGGAACAUCCACUUCAACACCCUUGUCCCCAAGGCGAAGUGGAGUUUCAAGAGUUUCAGGGAAGCCUCGUGUUACUCCCAAGAAGAGACGAUUUAGACCAGGAACCAAGGCCUUACAGGAGAUCCGCAAGUAUCAGAAGAGUACUGAUCUUCUACUCAGAAAGGGACCAUUCUCUCGCUUGGUUCGUGAGGUAUGUCAAAGUUUUUCCAGAGAAGCCCUCCGAUGGCAGGUCUAUGCUCUUAUGGCCCUGCAGGAGGCAGCAGAGGCCUUUCUCGUCAUGAUAUUUGCAGAUGCCAACCUGUGUGCCAUCCAUGCCAAGAGGGUCACCUUGUUUCCCAGGGAUAUUCAGCUGGCUAGGAGGAUCCGGGGGGUAGAUAAACUGUAAAAAAGAAAGAAAAUCAAUAUGAUCUGAAGCAGGUGAAGUGAACCUAUUAUGGUUAUAAAUGUUAAUAUUUUUAUUAUUAUUCAUCUACAUUAUGUAUUAUUUUACUUUUGACAAAAUGUGUUCUUCUAAAGUGGAUGAAAAUGGUAUCUGUUCAAAAUAUCUAUAUGUAUUUUUGUUUGUUUGACUGUUAAUUUGCCUACUCAGUGUUCAAUAAAUACAGAGCAGACA